GCGAGGGCGGAAGGAGGGUCGCCCGACCGCUCUAGCCGGUGAGGCGGGCGGUGCUCUAUGGCGGCUGCUGGGUAACCGCGCGGAGCGAUGGGGGGACCGUGCUCUGAGGGGACGGGGCCUGAGCCUGAGGGAGCCCCGAGCUCAGACAGGACACGGAGAACCCCGGUCAAGCCCGACGCAUGAUCCCAGGGAGGCCUUGGGAGGGAAGCGUAGCUCUUCGUCGGCGGAAACGAGGUUGUGGGGCCAUCGGAUGGGAUUCCUUGCUGGUUCUCCCCCUUGUCGGCAUUCUCAUCCUUCAACGGGAGAAAUCGCCGAGCUGUUUCACGGCCUGUCUGAGAGUUUCUUGAGACCCUCUGGCUCCGGCAGCCUCCUCUCUGAGGACCUAGGGACACACCUCCGUGUCCUCGACGGCAGGAUGGACGAGGACAGCUUGGAGAUGGCCUUGCAGACCUACCAUGUGCAGCUUCAGCAAGUGGAGCUGGCCAUGGGUACUGGCCUGGAGGCAUCGGAGCAGGCUGACCUGCACCAGCUGCAGGGAGACCUGAAGGAGCUGAUCAAGCUCACUGAAGCCAGCUUGGUGUCUGUCAGGAAGAGCAAACUGUUGGCUACACUGGACCAAGAACACCUGGCCCAGGAGGAUACUGAGUACCUGGCUUUGCAGAAGACCAUCUCUGAGGUAGUUGAGGUACCAGAAGCCCCAGGAGCAGAAUUGGAGACUGUUUCUAAAGGAGAGGCAGGGCCUGAACCCAACAACCCUGGGCAAGAGGAAGAAGAAGGGGGGGAUGACGAGGAGGAAGAGUUGAGUGGGACAAAGGUGAACGCCCCCUACUACAGCCCAUGGGGCACCCUGGAGUACCACAAUGCCAUGAUUGUGGGCACGGAACAGGCAGAGGAUGGCUCGGCUGCUGUCCGGGUGCUGUACCUCUACCCCACACACAAGUCCCUGAAGCCCUGCCCAUUCUUCCUGGAGGGGAAGUGCCGCUUCAAGGAGAACUGCAGGUUCUCCCACGGGCAGGUGGUCCCUGUGGAUGAGCUUCGCCCCUUCCAGGACCCGGACCUGAGCUCCCUGCAGGUUGGCUCCGCAUGUCUGGCCAAGUACCAGGACGGCUUGUGGCAUCCAGCACGGAUCACUGAUGUGGACAGCGGCUUCUACACCGUCAAGUUUGACUCGCUGCUGCUGAAGGAGGUCGUGCUGGAGGGGGACAGUGUGCUGCCCCCACUGCGCAUGGAGCCCACAGAGUCCUCUGACUCCGACGGCGGUGAUGGGGACAACUCCAGCUACGCCAGAGUUGUGGACACUGGGGCCACAGCAGACAGGAAGUGCACCACCGCCUUCGCCGGCUGGGAGGUGCACACGCGUGGCAUUGGCUCCAGGCUUCUCUCCAAGAUGGGCUAUGAGCCUGGGAAGGGCCUGGGCCGAUAUGCGCAGGGCCGGGUGGAGCCCAUUCAUACUGUGGUGCUGCCCCGAGGGAAGUCCCUGGACCAGUGCGCGGAGGCCCUCCAGAGGAGGGUGAAGGGCGGCAAGGGCGUUACACACAGACCCCCCAAGUGCCGAGGCAAGGGGGCCACACAUGCCGGCCGCCCUCCCCCUCGGGAUGUGUUUGACUUCCUAAAUGAGAAGCUCCAGACCCAGGCUCCAGGGGCCCUGGAGGUGGGGGCAGGCCCCCCAGGGGCAAGGCGCGGCAAAGAAGCCUACCAUGCCAGCAAGAGCACCAAGCGGGCCCUGAGCCUUCGGCUUGUUCAGACCGAGGAGCAGAUCGGGCAGACCCAGAAGGACAUCCGGGGCAUCCAGGAGGCCCUCGCCCGCAAUGCUGGCCAGUACGCAGGGCAUAGCGUGGUAGCCGCCCAGCUGCAGGAGAAGCUGGCGGGUGCCCAGCAGCAGCUAAGGCAGCUCCGGGCCCAGGAGGCAGGGCUGCAGCGGGAGCAGAGGAAGGCAGACACCCACAAGAAGAUGACUGAGUUCUAGAGCUGCCACCACUGCUGCCAGCCUCCAGGAUGGACCCCCCGGGCAUGCACCAGACUCUCUCUGCCACCCUGGAGAGACUCUUGCAGGGGCCUGGUGCUCCCAGGCUGAGCCAGCGCCACCUCUUCCCAGCCAAGCCCAUGAACACUGCCCACUGGAGAGAGGGUGGGGGUCCCCUCUGGACACACUUCCCAGCAUCUUAAGGUUCCUUGAGACAGGACAUUAAAGUGAUUUCGUGACA